UCGAGACCAUUAGAAGAGGAGAAGAUGAUCAAAGUGGGUGGAACACCUAAGAAAAAUAAAGAAGAGUACUGAAUCAAAUCGAAAUUAAAAAAAAAUGAGCAGCGUAAUAUCGGAGCUACCGGCGAUGGAUGCCACUCGAUUCCAACACACUCCUUUCUACUGCGAAGAGAACGUGUAUCUACUCUGCAAGACGUUGUGCGAGAACGGCGUAGCGGAUACGACGGGUUCUGAUCUGUUUGUCGUUUUCAUCUCCAAUGAGAAGAAGCAGGUUCCACUUUGGCAUCAGAAAGCUAGUACCAGAGCUGAUGGGAUUGUUCUCUGGGAUUAUCAUGUCAUCUGUGUCCAGAGGAAGAAAGAAAGUGACUCUGAGCCUUUAGUGUGGGAUCUCGAUUCCACUUUGCCUUUCCCUUCUCCAUUAGCUUCCUACGUGGCUGAUACUAUCCAGCCUUCUUUUCAGCUUUUUCCUGAAUAUCAGAGGUUCUUUCGCGUUGUGCAUGCUCCUCUCUUCUUUAAGCACUUUGCUUCUGAUAGACGACACAUGAAGGAACCUGAUGGUAGCUGGACUGCUCAACCUCCACCCCAUCAGCCCAUUGUUUCCCAAGAUGGAGUCUUGCACAAUUUGAGUGAAUACAUUGCGAUGAGCAGUGCUGAUACAUUGGCGAGCUUGGAUCCCGAGACAGUGAGAGAAGCAAUCUCACAGAAACUUGGUGUCUUGGUGAACCACACUCAGCUUCAGGAUCUAUUCACCAAGCUUCCUUAACAUUCCAAUGUCUUAAUUUCAAGCCUUGUCUCCAACUUUAUGAUACGUUUUCUCAGUCUUCAUUGGUGAAGAAGAUAUUGAAUUUUAGAUGAGGAAACAUUAUACACUCACGAAAUUGUAUGGUUUACAAAAGGAACAUUACAUGACUUUCUCCAAAAAAAAAAAAUCAGAAAGGGAACAAAUCUUUUGUAUUAA